AUGUGGAAGAGUUUGAAUUUGAAUGAGCGCAGGGCCAAAACCAUCAACCUAAACCAUCAUCAACAAUCACCACCAGCUAUGAUGAGACGGCUCCCCAGUUCAGUCCAGCCCGUUUUUAAGAACCGUACCACGCAGUUAUUGAGACACUAUGCAACGAGAUCCGGCAACGUCUCACCGCUAGCUCACCUUCCGCCGCGCCGCCCCAACAAGCGUUGGAUCAACUGGUACACCACAACGGCCUUUUUGCUACUUGGCGGCUUCAUCUCGUAUCGGGAGACCUUAUUUGACUACUACGAACUGUAUACACACAUCGAUGAACGCGACCCCAAGUACAAGCUCUUGCCAAUCCAGCUCGAGUUUAAAUUGAAGAAUUUGCCCAUAUAUCAAACGCUAGCACAUCCACGGAACCACCAGUGGUUCAAGUUGUCGAGCUGGGAAAACUUGGAUCGAAAUGUCUUGGACAACCAAUCCGCCACCGCCACCCCUGCCAAAAACAGCGAGAACAACAGUAAUACUUCACCCGCAGUAACCGUUCAGGACGAAUACCAUGUCCCAGAACUCACAAAUCAAACACUAGCCAAACCAGGAGGAAUCUUAAUCAAGCCAGUCACGUUCCACAACAUCCAAACCGACGAAAACGUAACCAUAGUCCACGCAGGCUACAGACUAUGCGGAUACCCAUUUAUAAUCCACGGCGGUAUAAUCGCUACUUUGCUAAAUGAAACGUUCAAACGUAGCGCAAGCUUGAAUCAACACACCUUGAGCAACCUCAAGGGAGAUUUCAUGGUUGAGAACUUGGUGAUUAAUUACAAGCUGCCUACUUUUGCUAACCAGUUUUUGAUCGUCAAGACCAAGAUGAAGGAUGGCGUGCUGUUGGGCGGGAAGGUGGUGGAGUUGGAGAGUGUUAUCGAGGACCAGCGGGGCAAGGUGCUUGUUCGCAGCAGUGCUGUCUUGAGGGAUACUGGGCGUGCUACGGUGUUGAGCCGCGAGGCUGACAAGAAGAAGAAGAAGACCUGGUGGUGA